AUGAAAUAUGAUCAAGCCGAAGCUAUCGUAUUAGCGAAUACUAUUUGGAGUUUACCUAAACUUAUUUAUUGUUACUUAGAUGUAGGUGAUUUUUAUGGAUCAACAGUAACAUCAUUGUCUCUGAAACGUAUCUUUAUUCGACGUUUCUCAUGUCAGUUUAAUGCAUUCAAUAAUUUGAUCAAAAAUACACCACAUCUUCGACAUUUUUCUGUGCCGCAUCUAAGUUUUACUUCCAAAAAUCGAGAUCUACCACCAAUUAUUCCACUAAUAACUAGAUUAAAUAUUGGAUUUAGCAAGAUACAAGGAGCAAUCGAUCAAUUAUUGCAUACAUUUCAAAGUUCAUUUUGGCUCGUAAAACAUUGCUGGCCUGUUCAAUGUAACUGGAAACUAGAUAACGAAAAUAUUAGUCUUUAUACUUUACCAUAUGGUUUCCAUACUUUUAAUUUUGUCUAUCCAAUAUUAUCAAAAUCAACGAGUUCUAUCAAUGAUAACGAUUAUUGGUGGUCAUACGAUUAUGUGCAUCGUCUUAUGUUCAAAAAUCGAUUUUAUCAAGAUUCAAUUUUAUCUAAUAUACAAUUUAUUCAACUUCGUCACCUGUCUCUAAGUUUUCCUGUGGUUGAUCAGUUUUGGUCAAUUAUUCCAACUUUCAAUGAACUAACUUCACUCGAAGUAUAUUCAUAUGAUCAUCAUGAAUUCUGUCAAGAUCAACUACAAACAUUGCUUGAUCGAGCACCUCGCCUGUAUUCUUUCACUAUCCGUGAAAAUUCAUCGUUAUCUACGCAAAGAGCAUCCCUAUUAUUCAACAGUGUUUCAGUUCGUGAACUCAAUUUACGAUAUUCUCAUAAAGCCUAUACAGUUAAAGAAUGUGUUGCAUUGAGUAAUUCUCCAUUAGGUAUGCAAUGUAAAACACUUAUAAUCAAUGUCAAAAAUCGAGCAUGUGUACUUGAACUGAUUAAUCGAAUGUCGAAUCUUCUAUCUUUGGUUGUUCGAUGUUCAGAUGACAAGAACGAUAUAAAGUCAUCAGCGACAAGUGAUGAUAUUAUCGAAUGGUUUCGUGAUCGACUAUCGCAAUCAUCCACAAUAUAUAGAUACGGUGGUGUUCAUAAUUGGAUUGGACUGUGGAUUCAUCGAUAA